ACGGAGAGUAUGUCGUCGUCAUCGUUACCGUCGGUCUGCGGCGGCCGGUGGUAGUGUGUUCGUGCCAUCCGAACGAGUAACAUUUUGUACGUCGGCGGUGGCCGUUAUUGUGUUACGAACGUCAUAUUUUUGUUAUUAAUUCGCACAUUCAUCGGGCCAUAACUGUUAUUGAAUACAUUCGCGUAGAAGUAUUUCCGUUGGUUCGCGCGUGUACUGGCGGCGUAAGACGAUGCGCCGCCGUCAAUGGCCAACGCCAAUAGCACUUCCGACGUUAGGCCGCUGCUGCAGUUGCCGGCGGCCGAACGCGCCAAGAAAAGGCCGGCGACGAGCAAGACCGGUGGCAAGAAGUCGUCCGCUUCACGUCGGCGGGUCGCCCACACGGUAGCCGGCAUUCUGGUCGGCCUUACCGUUGGAUUCUUAUCGGGCGACUCCACCGUACGACUCUAUACGGGCUGUGGCGGAUUCGGCGGCUCGGGCCAGCGGCUGGACCAAGCCGCCGUGGCCGCAGUGCAGUGGCCGGCCGAAGACUAUAGUGGGACCGUCAACGGCACGACGUCGUCCGCGGACGGACGUCCGGCCACGUUGCUGUUCGUGGGGGUGCUGACCGCCAACCAGUACCUGUCCACAAGGGCCGCAGCCGUGCACCGUACCUGGGCGAGGAGCGUGCCAGGCCGCGUUUUGUUCUACACUUCGGAGACUUCGGUACGGCCACUCGACGCGCCCGACCUGCCGCUCGUCCGGCUGGCCACUGUCGACGACUCUUAUCCGCCGCAGAAGAAGUCGUUUCUCAUGUUGCAACACAUGUGGGACAAUUACGGCGACAAAUACGAAUGGUUCAUGCGGGCCGACGACGAUGUGUACGUGCGACCCGACAAGCUAGAGACGCUGCUCAGGUCGGUUGACAGCCGGCGGCCCGUAUUCAUGGGACAGGCUGGACGCGGCAACCAGGAGGAAUUUGGGCUGCUCAGCCUCGAGUACGACGAAAACUUCUGCAUGGGCGGCCCAGGUGUCAUCAUGAGUCGUGAGACGCUGUCCCGGGUCGUGCCGCACAUUAAACAUUGCCUGAAAAACCUGUUCACUACCCACGAGGACGUCGAGUUGGGCAGGUGCGUGCAAAAAUUUGCCGGUGUCCCGUGUACGUGGUCCUACGAGAUGCAAACUAUAUUCUAUCACAAUUCAAGCGGUCGCGAAGCAUUUACCGGCAAUUUGAAGCAAAAGGAAGUUCACCGUGCAAUAACGCUUCAUCCCAUCAAACAACACAGUCACAUGUACAGAAUACACAACUAUAUGAAAGGACUGAAAUUGCAAGAUAUACAGCAGAAAAAGAUUUUAUUGCAUAGAGACAUCCGUGCCAUGAUCGAACAGCUGAGUAGACACCAACCUCAACGUCAGCCGUCCAACGAGUUCAUGUUGACUAAUAACUCGAAGCUGUUCAAUGCCAAACCGGGAAGUCCUAACUACUUGGGCGAUCCGGAUCUAUUAGGUUGGCCUCCGGGACUGAACAAGUUUAGACCGCGUAGAAUAGUAGACGUUAUCAAGUGGGACUUCAUUUCGAAAUCGUGGUUUUCGGACACGGAUUCAAACCCGCGACGGAGGAUCGAGUCGUACGCAAAGGAAGGUCUGGAUGACGUAGUGCGAGAGGUCAUGGACAUAAUCAACAAGUUUUCCAAACAGAGGGGUAGAGUGAUCGAAUUCAAGGAGAUCUUCUACGGCUAUCAUCGGGUCAAUCCAUUGUACGGGGUCGAUUACGUUCUGGACAUGCUUUUGAUGUACAAAAAAUACAGAGGAAAAAAGAUGACAGUACCCGUGAGGAGACACGCCUACCUCCAGCAGCAGUUUACGAAUUUCGAGAUACGGGAAGUAAUGGACGGCGUUGAAAUAAAGCAAAAGCUGCAAGAGGAAAGUGUGUACGAAAUGGGCAACGAAGAAAGUGCAGUGCCGGUCAAAGAUAUUUUAGACAACGGUCUGUUGGGCGUCGACGGCCAGCCGGUGGAGAACAUGAAGCACUCCUUGGACCAGGUGCGGUUGAAGACCGUCAACUUCGUCUUGCCGUUGUUCAACCGCAACUCGACGUUCGUCCGGUUCAUGGACAACUACGAGUCCGUUUGUUUGGCCAACGACGAGCGCGUGACCCUCACCAUAGUGCCGUUCGGGCAGGCCACGUUGAACCAGGCCUUGGCCGCGGUGGACGCCACAAAGGCCAAGUACCCGACUGCCCGGGUGAAAGUGUUGCCCGACCUCGAGGACUCGUUCGCGCGGGCGCUGGCUCUGGAUUUGGGCUCCAGUCGGAUUGGGCCGCCCGAAGACCUGCUGUUCUUCGUCGACGUCGACAUGCUCUGGACGAACGCCAUGCUCAACAGGAUACGGUUGAACACCGUCCGCAAUCGGUCCGUGUACUUCCCCAUCGUGUACAGCGAGUUCGACCCGGUUGUCGUGUACGGCCAGUCUGUGUCCCCCAAUCACUUCCUCAUCAACCAGGACAGCGGUUACUGGAGACAAUACGGCUACGGUAUAGUCAGCGUGUACAAGUCCGACUUGGUAUCUGUCGGCAACUUCGACACUUCCAUUCGCGGCUGGGGCAAAGAAGACGUGGACUUGUUCGAGAAGUUCGUCAAGCGAAAUCCCGACAUAAUCAUGCGAGUGGCCGACCCGGAUCUGGUGCACGUGUUCCACGCGGUCGAAUGCGAUUCCAAGUUGUCCCAACAACAAGCUCAAAUGUGCAAAAACACCCGUUUUGAGACUUACGGCAACGUCGACCAACUGGCCAAUACCAUUUACAAAAACAAAGAUAAAUUCCAUCGUUUCGUCAACGAACAGAUCAACAAGUCAAUAAAAGCUGUGCCAAUUAGAUGACAUAAUACACUAUAGUUACUACCUUAAAUCUGUACUAAGUUAAAAUGUUUAGAACUAUAAUAAUCAUUAUUGCCGUGAUAAUAAUAUAAUAUGAGGAAGUUGAUGACGUUAUUUUUUUAUACCUUUGGUUAUCUACUUAUAUUUAUUUUAAUUGUUAAAUUUUAAAAUUGUAAAUAAAAUAGUUAAAGGAUAAUGAUCUCAAGUCGAUCAACAUAUUAAGCCAAGCGUAUAAAAUGUAACUUGUUCCAUGUGUUAGACUUAAUAUUGUUAUUCAAUGAACUUUUAUUGUGACUGAUAUAUUUAUAUCUAAAAAUAUUAAUAAUAAUAAAAU